CACAACAAGCUAUUCUUAGGCAGUUGGCAACUUGGCAUAGAAAGCUUACCAUAUUAUUCCUUGUUUAUUAUACUCAAAUUUCCCUUAUUCUUUCUUCUUCUUCUUUCAUUAAUAAAGAAAAAUUAAAAUUAAAAUUAAAAAAUCUUUCUCCCCAAUAAUCAAUAACAAAAAUUCAUAACAACAAAUUAAAUUCUCAAAGCAUUGAGAAACAAACAACAACAACAAAAAAAAUCUCUGUUUUUUUCUCUAUUCAAUCCUCCAUCGAAGGGAUCAUGAGAUUCAAGAAAGGGACCAAAGUAGAAGUCUUGAGCAAAAAGGAGGUGCCAUCAGGCUCCUGGCAUUGUGCUGAAAUAAUCAGUGGCAAUGGCCACAACUAUAAGGUUAGAUAUGAAGCCUAUUCCAAUGCUGUUGAUAAGACAAUUGUGGAGAUGGUAUCUAGGAAAGCUGUUAGACCUUGUCCUCCUGCAUUAGUAGUUUCAGAUAAUUGGGUUCCUGGUGAUGUUGUUGAGGUUUUUGACAAUUUUUCUUGGAAGAUGGCAACAAUUUUAGCGAUUUUGGAGAAAAAGUAUGUUUUGGUUAGGUUGCUUGGAUCGUCUCUGGAGUUUAGGGUCAGUAAAUUUGACAUCCGUGUGAGACAAUCAUGGCAAGACAAUGAGUGGGUUGUGAUUGGAAAGGGUUCUGGUAGUUGUGUAGAUGUUAAACAUGGUGAAAAUUCCACUCUUAGAUGCAAGCAAAAUUCUAGCUCCCAAUUUCAAAAUACCAUUAGAAGGACAAAUAGGCAUGUCAGGGAUGAAUGUGGUCCUGUUAACACAAAGGUUAAUUACCGAGAUUCUGUUAUUGCUUCCUCAAAGACUCUAAAGAGAGGAUGCUACUCUCAGGUUGAAGCUCAUGCUGCCGCUGGACAGAAGCUUAGAGCAGUUGAGAGAAAUGAAAGAUUGUAUCGACUGGUUGCUGCAAAUCCAUCGGUUCUUGAACAGGUAGAUGCCGUUGCUUUCCCAAGAGAUAUGUUGGGUGAAAAAUACGUACAUUCUUCUCUUAAUGACAAAACUGGCUUGUCUGAAGUGCAUGGAGACUGGAGAAAACCAAAUGGUGCUGUUGGAUGUUAUUUUGCAGAAACCAAUGAUGCUGAUAGUGUUACAUGCUCUGUUGGUAGUUGUAGCGUAAGUAGUAACAAUUUCUGUAGGUUGCCUCAUUGCGUUUCCACAGGUCCUAUUGAAGUUGUUGAUGGUCAAUGUAGUGAUGCUGAAUCUUUCUGUCCAAGGGGAGACGAGGGAGGAAAUUGUCUCCUUCCUACGAAAGAGGAACUGGCUGCCUUGAUUCAUAAGAUAAAGUUACAUGCAUACCGAUGCACUUUGGAGGCCUUGCACGCAUCAGGGCCUUUAAGUUGGGAACAAGAAGCUUUGGUGACAAAUCUUCGUCUUUCACUUCAUAUAUCUAAUGAUGAACAUUUGAUGGAGCUAAGAAACUUAAUUUCCUCUGAUAGUAACAUUCCUAUAAGAUAACCAGGAGUCUCUCUGGUUUUUUUUUUUUUCUUUAUUUUUUUCCCUUAGGAAUAGACUUGGAUAAAUAAUUACACUGGUGACUCCCUCAAUUGUAUGAAGCUUGAUGAAAUAUGCUAUCAAUUUUCCUCAUUUAGGUAUAGAGCAUAUAGUGAUAUAUUUUGAAAUGAAUGUAACGCAACAGAAACUGAAGACCAUUAAAUGUUUCUGAGCUAAGCAUUGUGUAUCAGUUAUUCCAUCCCUUCUUGUCUCCCUAUUUUGUAUGUUUAUUUUAGCGAACCAAAUCUUUGAGAAAUAGCAUACCGGGAAUUUGCUAACAAUUGAGCAGAAAUCAAGAAUGCAUUUUUCUGAAUCAUUCUCUUCUGUAUAUUUCUUGCAUCUGUUAGAUGCGCAAUUGAUAUUUGACUAAUCUUCUGGUGACAUUUUAAUGCUUAGUUAUUGAAAACAAGAUUGUCAUGUGAUAAAAUCCCUCUGGUUGUUUCUGAUUAAGUGUUUGUUUUUAUGUUUUUCUUGAUAUUUGAUUAGUACUAAGCAAAGAUGUUUCAAGCUUUCAAUUUGGUGUGAAUGUUCUCGGGGUAUAGUAAUAUGUUUGAAGCAUAUUCAUUCUCAGAUUGAGGAAAUUAUUGAUGCAUCCCCCUGUAUUUUCCAGGGUUGAAGAAGGAGGCUUAGACACCUUUCUUCCAAGUGUCUGAACUCUGAAGAUGAUUUUUGGGUUUGGCACCUUUCUCUUGCUUUUCAACAGUGAGGCAAUUUGUAGGGGAAGAUUUUUUGAGGCACUAAUUUCUUUAGUUUGGCUUGCUGGAUUCUUCUAUUUCAGGUCUCAUGCGAGCCCUAGAUAUCUGUGUUCCUACCUGAAUCUUGUGGCUGCCAUGGGAUUGACCUAAUAUCUGGAAUUCUCCAAAAGGUUUUCUUUUGGACCUCAAUAUAAGCUUAUCCAUGUGUGACAUUUUGCUGGGCCAUGCGUGUUUCACUUUGCUUGUUGCAAAGUAAUCAUGCUGAGAUCUUUACUUUUCAUGUUUUCUGUAUUAUCAUUUCAUAAAUUGAUCUUCGUGCUUGUUAAUAAUUGAUGAAGCGAAAUUUUUGAA